UCAUUCAAUUUUUUCACAUUUUAGUCGUGUUUUGGAUUAUGAAGACUGUAUCUGAAACACAAAAAUGAGACUGUUUUUCGCGAUUAGCCAAAUAUUCAUGGUAGCUUUAGGUACUCACCCAGUUGAACUGAACCCAGAAACUGAUGGAACUGAAGGCUUAACAUUCAACCCAAAUGAUGUUUCCCGGACUCUUGAAGUAGGAGGAGAAAGUGCAGAAAUUGAGGAACAAUCUCUAUUUCCAUAUCUGAAUAUGUCAUCGAUAACAAUGAUUGACGAUGAGGGUCGCCCCGUGAUUGGAUAUUUUACAAAGCCUCCUGAGGGGGGUAGAUCAGCUGCAGAUCUAGAGAGGAAAAUGAGUGGCAUUAGGUAUAUUUUAUAUACAAGGAAAGACCCAAAAGGUGUCACCGUUAAAGAUGCAGAUGAAUUGAAAAAAACAUCCUUCGAUCCUAAAAAAAAUGUCAAGCUGAUAACCCACGGAUGGUUGUCCAGUGGAUCUGAAAAGACCUGCAUCGAAAUAAAGGACGGUUAUUUGGAGAACUGGGAUGUUAAUGUCAUCAUUAUGGACUGGAGUCAAAUAACAAAGAAUUGGUAUUACGUGAACCCUAUGUUUUCCGUUCCUAAGGUGGCACAUCAUUACGCCAUUUUGAUCAAUGACAUCAUCAACAAUAUGACCGUAGACCCGAGAAAUAUUCACCUGAUUGGACACAGCCUGGGGGCCCAAGUCUCUGGUUUGGUAUGGAAGGAUAUGGAAGGAAAAAAGCCAGGAAGGGUUACUGGACUGGAUCCGGCCUCUCCAGGAUUUGACCGCUUCAAAUUGUUAAACGAUAGAAUUUCCAACGAAAGUGCACACUUUGUCGAUGUUAUACACACAUGCGGAGGUAUCCUCGGCAUUUUGAACCCCCUGGGACAUGCAGAUUUUUAUCCCAACGGUGGUACAGCAGCACAGCCCGGAUGCACUGAUAUCCUCAAAAUCGCAUCAUGCAGCCAUGGUAGGAGUUGGAAUUUUUUUGCAGAAAGUGUACGCUAUCCACAGAGGAUCUUCCGUGCAACAAAAUGUGAUAGUUGGGAAGAAUUUAUUACUAAUAAAUGCUAUGAAAAUGAAAAGAUAAUAAUGGGGGAAAAAGCGCCACCAACAGCACGAGGAAAAUACUUUCUCAUGACCAAACCAGCAAGUCCUUUCUCGCUUUUUGUGGAGGAAUGAAUUAAUAGAUGAAGAACUAUUCAUAUCCAUGUUUUCAGUAUUGAUUUCUACACGUUAUUGUCCAUUUUGUUACAGAGCACCCUAUUGGUUAUAUAAAUAAAUAUGAAUCAUUCAAUAAAUAGAA